AACGGGAGCUAGGGUUAGGGUUUGGGCGAUGAUUCUUCGUGUUCUUCGUGUUCUUUGUUUGGCCGUGCUGGGGACGCCGGGGGUGUGAUCCACGCAUUGGGCGAGAGAGCUGCCGCAAAGAGGUUCUUUGUCACUAGUUUAAGCACAGCUUUUUGGUCGCGAAGAUGAGGAAGAAGCUCGACACACGCUUCCCUGCGGGCUCGUUUGUUUCCUUUUGUUGCUCAGGCAAGGAUAAAGAAGAUAAUGCAAGCAGACGAGGAAGUUGGGAAGAUCGCUCUUGCGACUCCUGUGCUGAUCUCAAAGGCUCUGGAGCUUUUCUUACAAGACCUUUGUGACAAGACGUAUGAAAUAACUCUGGGGAGGGGGGCCAAGACGAUGAGUUCUUCUCAUUUGAAGCAAUGUGUCCAAACUAAUAGCGUAUUUGAUUUUCUUCGUGAAAUAGUUUCCAAGGUUCCAGACAUGGGCUCUGACACCGCGGACGAGAGAAAUGGUAGCCGCCGAAGGAAAAUCUCGGACGGAGAUGACAAUGGCUCGGAAGAAGAGGAAGUCAAGAGACCAAAAUCGGAGUCCACUACAGCAGGAAGGGGUAGAGGCAGGGGCCGAGGCAGGGGGAGAGGUAGGAACGGAACCUCUGGCGGUAGAGGCGACGUGGUUCCGGAGAGGUUAGAAAUACCAGCAGCUCACCACAAAUCUGACGACGCGGAUGCGGACAUGGAUAACGAUGGUAGCACCGAUACUGAUAGCAACAUAGGGAGCCCCAAGACGACGACGUCGAUCACCACAACAUCAACUUCGACUAAACAGGGACAGGGACAAGCGCAGGUUGGGAAGUCACAGCCCCGGGACUUUGAUCUUAACAUGGGGCUGGACGAGAACGGGGACAUAGCAGGGUGUAGCGACGUGAAGAAGGAGAAAGAGGCAGUAGCAGCGGGUGUAGAGAAAGAGGAGGCGGCGGCGGCGGAGGAGGAGGAAGAGUGGCCGCAAAUACCAUCGGACAAGAUGAGGUUAGGACUGUUAGAUUUGCACACCGAGAGGGGCCACGAGGAAGAAGACGACUACGACUGUGAAGAUGACGACGAUGGCUGAGAGCAGUGGCGGUGUUUGUAAGAAGUCCAGACUUCUUCAAGGCAAAGCUUUGGAGGUAAAGAAGUAAAAAAACGAGCUUGUACAUUAAUCCUGACUGAAGGACUUUGACACGGAGAGGGAAGGACGAAAACCAAGGCUCUUUUUGUAAAUAUUUAGCUGUUUCUAGAGACAAGCUUGAAAAAAAAAAUGAUAGUUUUUUUCCUCUUAAAAAAAACAUGAUGUUUUUUC